AAACUCUACUUGCAGACGAUGCUUUCCUUACAUCCACCAAUGGAGCUGGUCAGAUGGUGACACGCCAAACAAAGGAGUCAGAUCAGCAGGGAAUAGCGACUUCCAAUGCCGUUGAGGAGUGCUGGGAAGGUGCCAGUGAGGCAACAAGUAGCUCUCUUCGAAGUUUCGUCAAGAGCUUCGCAAAUCCUCAGCACUCCACUGCGCUGGCCAUUGCGCUCAGCCUCAUUGCGGUGGGAAUCCAAGCGUGGGAAGAAGAAGUGAUCCUCAGCAGGGCACUUUUCCUAAUUGGGCUGCUGGUAAUACCUGCAGCCAUUGGGCGACCAUUGCCGCCAGCAGAAGUGUUUGAAUUGGUUGAGAUUGACGAAGUUUCGAGGACGCAGCCAAAGGUUGCUGAGGUGCCACCGGCACAAGCGAUGGAUUCGACGCCAUAUCUGGUGUGACCGCAACGACUUGUGGUGACUAAAGCGUUGUGGCGCAGAGAAAAGUAC